AUGGCGUCGAAUACAGUUUGUACAGCAGCCCGUAUCCGCGUGGCCAGCUCUCAAAUCCUCCGAUCCAUCACAAGCUCCCGCACAUACGCAACGACCAGUCCGGAGUCAUCAACCGGAGACGCAAAGCCUACAAACAGAAGGGCCCCGACGACAUUCAAAGACAAGCUGAAUAAAGGCCCAUCAUUCUCCGACUUUGUAGGCGGAGCAGCCGAAGCUCCUCUCUCUCCCGAAGAAGCAUACGUUCUCAAAACCGCCCUUGUUGGCCCACCCGGCAAAAAGAAAGAAAUUACCCGGCUCCCGUCGUGGCUGAAAACAUCCAUCCCAGACUCAUCGUCAUAUAAGAAGAUAAAGAACGAUCUCCGAGGGCUAAACCUGCAUACAGUCUGCGAGGAGGCCCGAUGUCCGAACAUUUCCGAGUGUUGGGGUGGAGGGUCCAAGGCGGCGGCAACAGCUACCAUCAUGCUGAUGGGUGACACAUGUACACGCGGAUGCCGAUUCUGCAGCGUGAAGACAUCCCGUACUCCUCCUCCACUUGAUCCGCAUGAGCCAGAGAAUACGGCAGAGGCACUAUCGAGAUGGGGACUAGGCUACGUUGUGCUCACGGCCGUGGACAGAGAUGAUCUGGCAGACUCUGGAGCAAGACAUUUCGCUGAGACGGUACGACGAAUCAAGAGCAAGGCACCUAAUAUCCUUGUUGAAUGCCUUACUGGUGAUUUCGACGGGAAUCUGGACAUGGUGUCGCUGAUGGCCAAGUCUGGAUUGGACGUGUUUGCGCAUAACGUUGAGACUGUCGAGGCUUUGACGCCAUUUGUUCGAGAUAGACGAGCCGGAUUCCAAAAGUCGCUCUCUGUCCUACGUGCGGCCAAGGCUGCGAAUCCGGAUCUUAUUACGAAGACUAGUAUGAUGUUGGGACUCGGAGAGACUGAGGAGCAAGUUCUAGAUGCGUUGAAACAGUUGCGUGCAUCACAGGUUGACGUUGUUACGUUUGGCCAGUACAUGAGGCCUACGAAGAGACAUAUGGCUGUCCACGAGUACGUGCGGCCUGAUGUAUUUGACAUGUGGAAGGAAAAGGCCUUGGAGAUGGGCUUCCUAUACUGUGCCAGCGGCCCGUUGGUGAGAAGUAGUUACAAGGCUGGAGAGGCGUUUAUCGAGAACGUGCUGAAGAAGAGAGCCAAGGAGAGAAUUGGCGGUCCAGCAGAGAAAACAAAGGACGAUGUGAAAGAGAAGAAUGUUCUGUUGUAA